UUGCAAGGGCGCAGGCGAUAUUCGGAUCCAUUGCGGAGACCUUCCGAAGCCAUGGCCAACGGCCUACCGGACCGCGAGGCGAUGGGAGAAUCGGGCCGAAGUUGAAAAGGUCUUCCGGAAGAUCCUGAUGGGUUUGUCCGAUAGGCCACAGGGCGCCAGACCUCAGCCACACUUGCAGGGCUUACAAGGCUUGGCUCGUCUUCGGGAGGCGUCCGAUGCUCAGGAGGAGCGAGGCUAUCCUCAGGCUCGAACUGCGGCAGGCCGUGCACGAGAGACUGCCAGUGUCUCAGGCGCCACCUCCCCGCCGGACACGGCGCCCAGCUCCGCGUCCACGCGCACGCCGUCGCCUGGAGUCUCAAGGCCAGGUAGUGGCCGCUUCAGCGAUGGGCAGGUGGCGCCGCCGAUUCGAUGGAAAUGGCAGCCAUCCGACCGCGAGAGGCGCCUGCGGGACCGCGGGGAGGGCGCUGGACAUCUCAAGGGCCGAAGGGCCAACCUGGCGAAGAUCCGCGAGAUCCAGGGGCUUGCGGACGGACGUGAGUGAGGCGAAGCUGACAGCGUUUCACGACUGAAUUUGCGUUUCGAUGGCCACGGCAAUGUGCAGGCGUCGUGCGCCGAAGAUAGGCACAUGGCGGGUUG